GUGACUUGUUGGAGAGCCAUGAGUGAGAACCCUCUGAUAGCAGACGAGACACAAGUUUAACCAAGCAUCACACCAUGGCCUUUCUUGGGGUUUUAUUAAUGCUAUUAAUGCCUCUUGCAUGGAGCUGCCCUCCCCAAAAAGCAGACUAUGUCAUGGUGUCAUGUUUCCCCAACGCCAUCAUCGCCAACGUCCCAGAGUGUCCGUACGGCUGGGAGAUCGACCAGUUGUCCCUGGGAGGCGUGUGUUAUACUGGGAUACACAGCUCGGGCUACUACCGCUUCAUUAUCCCAGACCUAACGCCUAAGAACCACUCGUACUGUGGCACACAGUCUGAGUACAUGUCCGGCAAGGACCCCAAAUAUGUCUUCUAUAACUCCAUCGUGUCCAAUGACACCUCGCUCACCGUCAGGAACCAGCCAGUCAACUACACCUUCAGCUGCAUGUACCGAGCAGCCCACCUGGUCAACAACGCCGUUUUCAGCCAAAGAGUGGCUACAGUUUAUGUCAACAAUGGGAGUUUAGGCACUUUUAGAUCACAGUUGUCUAUGAACGUGUUCACGGUGAGUGGCUGCACACGGACUCAUUUUCACCAGUGGAAACCUUGUGUGACAUGUUUUAUACUGUCUGGAAACGUUAACUUGCUUGGUGUUUGGUGUACGAGUGAGACUUUUGGGUCAGGGAGAGGCACAGAGUGGAAGCUGAGGAAAAACAAACGUGAAUGUAUUUUCCAGAAUUCAAAGUUCCUGUACACCAAGGAUUCUCCCUAUGUCAUCGAUACUUCUGAGAUUGGCUCUGAGGUUUUUAUCGGGAUUGAAGCAAAAGGACUAAGCAGCAGAUUCAAAGUCGUAAUAAACAACUGCUGGGCGACUCCUACACCGUACUCGACGGACAGGAAGAGGUGGAGUCUAAUUAUUAACAGCUGCUCCUCUGACAACACGGUGACUAUUUACGAGAACGGCAAAGACAGCCGCUCCAUGUUUAAGUUCAACUCUUUCCGCUUCCAGCGGCUGGACAAGGUGUCCACCGUGUGGCUCCACUGUGAGGUCCACGUUUGUGAUGGAGAGCGGUUUGCCUGUCAGCCGAGCCCUUGCUUUGUGAGAAGAAGUGUGUCAUCUGAGGCAGAGUUAAGUGGGGGGAUCCUCACUACUGAGUUUUACUUUAAAGCAGGUAAAGGACCUGCCAAUAACGGAUACAUACAAGACGCCUCACUGUUCAUCCUGCUGGCUCUCCUGGUAAAUCCAUGUUGUGAUUUACUAAAUGGAUUAAUAAUGUAACAACUCUCUCUCUCUCUCUCUCUCUCUCUCAGUCUUAUAUAUUCAUUUACA